GCGACAGAGCGAUCCAAGCAUCAAUCAAACCACAAUCGAUCGAUCGGUUGAUCGGUUGAUCGGUCGAUGUUUCGAAGGAACGGCAGCAUUGAAAACUUCCGCGCCGAAACGAAAACUUGCAAAAUAGAGCUCGGCAUCAAAAACGAUGAGAUUUGAUCUGGACGGCCUCGACGUCUUCUUUCCCUACGACAGGAUCUACCUGGAACAGUUCCAAUACAUGCGGUCCCUCAAGCAGUCUCUGGAUGCCGGUGGCCACUGCCUCCUGGAGAUGCCGACGGGAACCGGAAAAACCGUCUGCCUCCUCUCCCUCAUCACCUCCUACCAGUACGCCAAUCCGUCGGUGGGAAAAUUGGUCUAUUGCACACGAACCGUUCCGGAGAUGAACCACGUCGUGGAAGAAUUGGGGACCGUCCUCUUGUACCGAGCGGAGCAGCUGGAACUCGCAUCGAUGGAGCGAGCGGGCCAGCAAGAAGGCAACAAGAGCCACGCGGACGCAGAAACAGAAACAGACAGCACGGGAGACACGGGAGAGCGCAGCCCGAGCAAUCCGCCGUCGCCACCCAAAAAGAAGCGGCCGCGGACGAUCCGGGGGGUUCCAAAGCAACGGGGGCGAGCGGUGUCCAUGGGACCGAUCCGCACACCAAAGGGGGCGGGGGGCAGCGGGGAGCUGGCCCUGUGCCUGUCGAGCCGGAGAAACAUGUGCGUCAACGAACGGGUCAUGGCCGAGAGCGAUCGCGAGGCGGUGGACGCCGCCUGCCGGAGCAUGACCGCCUCCUGGGUCGUCGAGCACGCCAAGACCCACCCGGGGUCGAGCAUCGAGACCUGCAGCUUUUUCGACAGCUUCCAGGAGGCCGGGGAAUCCACCAACAUGCCGAGCGGGGUGUACGAUCUGGAGGAACUGAAAAAAUGGGGACAGGCCCGGGGCUGGUGCCCGUACUAUCUCGCUCGGCAGGCAAUCAACCACGCCAAUGUUCUGGUCUUCAACUACCAGUACAUGCUCGACCCGAAGGUCGCAAAGAUGGUGUCGAAGGAGCUCGAAGCGGAAAGCAUCGUGGUCUUUGACGAAGCCCACAACAUCGAUUCGGUAUGCAUCGAAGCCCUCAGCGUAAAGAUCAACGAUCGCGGCCUCGAGCAAGCCACGCGGUCCCUCGGUCGGUUGUCCUCGGAGGUGACGAAAAUCAAGGCUUCGGACAAUCAGCGGCUGAACCAGGAAUACCAAAACCUCAUCAACGGGCUCAUCGACCAGGGCCUGCUGGACGCACCGGCCAACGACACGGGGCUUGCCAGCAACGUUCUGGCCCCAGACGUCUUGAACGAGAGCGUCCCCGGGAACAUCCGCCGUGCCGAACACUUUAUUCGGUUCAUGAAAAAGGUUGUCGAGCACCUGAAAAACCGCCUCAAGUCCAUCACGGGCCCAAACGGCGGCGUGACGAGCGAAACCCCCCUGGCCUUUCUGCACCGGAUGACGAACGGGACGUCCCUCGAGGCAAAGCCCCUUCGGUUUGCCUAUUCGAGGCUCAACUCGCUCCUCCGGACCCUCCAGGUUUCCAACAUGGACGAAUUCAACUCGCUGGGGGACGUUGCGGAUUUUUCGACGCUGCUGGCCACGUACUCGGAAGGGGUGGCAAAGUUUGCGAUCAUCAUGGAGCCCAACGGAUCCAACAUUCCCGGGGCUUCCGAUCCCUGCAUCCAGCUCUCGUGCCUGGACUCGUCGCUCGCAAUCGCUCCGGUCUUCAAACGAUUCAGUAGCGUCAUCAUCACGUCGGGGAGUAAGUGAUAAACGAACGAAAGAAGAGCAUCAGCAGCAAUGAUUCUGCAAGUGCUUGUCACGGAUGCGUUGUUGUUAUGAUGUGGCUGUUGGCACUACUAUAAACAACGUGUGUGUCUCAUUCGACUCAACGCAUUUUGCAUUUUUCUAGCUUUGUCACCUAUUGAUUUGUAUCCAAAGUUGCUGCAAUUCGAGCCCUGCAUAUCGGAGUCGUUGAACAUGUCUACAUUCCGCCCGUGCAUCCGUCCACUCGUGAUCACUCGAGGCUCGGACCAGUUGGCUGUCUCUACCAGAUACGAAGACAGGAACGAUGCUAGUGUCGUGAGGAAUUAUGGUGCAAUGCUGGUGGAUUUGUGCAGCGUGAUUCCCGAUGGAGUGGUCGCAUUCUUUACGUCUUACUCGUACAUGGAGCAGCUUGUGUCCGAAUGGGAUGCCACGGGUGUGCUCAAGGACUUGACACGGACAAAACUAGUUUUUAUAGAAACCAAGGACGUGGUCGAGACUACAUUGGCAUUAGAUAAUUUCAGGAGAGCAUGCGACUCGGGUCGCGGGGCAGUAUUUCUGUCCGUUGCGAGGGGAAAGGUGUGUGCUCAUUCUGUCUCGCAGUUCGGACAGUGCAAGUUGGUUGCAAACAACCUAGAGCAUGAGGAUUUUUUACAUUUACUAAUCCCUCCUUUUUCUGUUUUUAGGUUUCCGAGGGUAUCAAUUUUGAUAGGCAUUAUGGUCGUGCGGUAGUUAUGUUUGGGGUGCCAUUCCAAUAUACCCUGUCUCAUGUUUUGAGAGCCCGCCUCGAGUUUCUACAGACCCAUUACCAGAUUCGAGAAGCCGAUUUUUUGAAUUUCGAUGCCCUCCGCCAAACAUCCCAGUGUGUAGGUCGGGUCAUCCGAAGCAAGACCGACUAUGGACUCAUGAUCCUUGCCGAUAGUCGUUACAACCGCCACGACAAACGAUCGAAGCUACCCAAGUGGAUACUUCAGUUCCUUCACGAACACUGUCUAAAUCUUAGCACUGAUCAGGGAAUCCAACAAGUGCAACAAUUUUUAAGACUGAUGGGACAACCAAUCGAUCAAAAAGGUAAGUAGUGUACGAUUGUUCCCUAUUUUGGGGCAUUCGAUUUUUCGUUCUGACUUUCACUUAAUCUUUUCCGAUUUUGCUCGUUUCCCAAAAAGCCUUGCAAAGUGUCUUGUUAACAGUCGAAGAGGCAAAGAUGAUGAAUCCCCAGAUGCCUACAACAACUUCYAGUAGUCAUGGUGGAAACGGGAGUAUGAUGUUCGAACCUAGAAGAUAGAUCCAUGUUGUUCUCAAACACAAUGGAUGUUGUGUCCAAAAAAGGAAUAAAGCAUGGAAAACACG